AUGUCCGACGAGAAUUGGAAUGAGCUCUUCGGCGAAAAUCUUGAUGACCUUCCUAUAGCACAAACCCAGGUGACCAAACCCCCACAAGAGGGUAAAGAAACACGACUGAGGAAGGGUGUGCUCGACGAUGAAUCGGACGUGUCUACAGGCGGUCAGCCACGUGGAGAUGCUGAGGGUUCACCAUCUGGUGAGAUCUCGGGCAGUAGCAGUUCCUCAUCAUCGGAAGAAUCUGAGGGCGAGGAUGGAGAAAUGGGCCACAGCCUUGAAAAGAAGCCUCGAGAGAGCAAGCUGCUACAACCUGCCCUCGAUCGUCUCAAGAAGCGCAGGAAGAAGAAGGAAAUGGACUCGGGAGAGAAAUUCGAGAGAAUGGAGUCAUUGGUGAAUAGUAUGUAUGAUGUAUCGGCCGCGGAUCGGGAGUCCUUGACCACUGGACAACCCGCAUUAGCGAAAUUACAGAUGCUGGAGAAAAUCCGCGGAAUUCUUGUUAAGCAGGCUUGGCAAGAGCCUUUCAUUGAGGCUGGAGGACUCUCCGCGAUAGCCGACUGGCUUGCUCUUGUUG